UGCGGGUGUCGAUGCGCAUUCUCCCCUGAGCAUCCCAGUGCCAGCCGGGCCGACACCCUCCAUCUCCUCCUCCUCCAGGUCCUCCCUGCUGCUCCUUCCCCACACAACGCAGCCUCGGCUCGGAUGAAGGUGUUGAUGCAGCCGGACGCGUCUCACUUUGUCGUCACUGCUGAUUCUUUUCGUGUGGAGGAGGGCCGUCAGCAUCAGCAUCCGCAGCCAUGAUGGAUGCGGCGGAGUGCGGGGUGCGGGUCAUGUGCCGCUUCAGGCCCCUGAACGCGGCCGAGAUCACCCGAGGAGACAAAUACAUCCCCAAGUUCAAGGAGGACGACACCGUGGUCAUAGCGGGUAAACCGUACAUGUUCGACCGAGUGCUGCCGCCCAACACCACGCAGGGGCACGUGUACGACCAGUGUGCCAAGCAGAUCGUCAAAGAUGUGUUGGCCGGUUACAACGGGACCAUCUUUGCGUACGGACAGACGUCGUCGGGGAAAACGCACACCAUGGAGGGCAAACUCCACGACCCGCAGCUGAUGGGCAUCAUCCCUCGCAUCUCCCACGACAUCUUUGACCACAUCUACUCCAUGGACGAGAACCUGGAGUUCCACAUCAAGGUAUCUUAUUUUGAAAUCUACUUGGACAAGAUCAGAGACCUGCUGGACGUGUCGAAGACGAACCUGUCCGUGCACGAGGACAAGAACAGAGUCCCGUAUGUGAAGGGCUGCACCGAGCGCUUCGUGUCCAGUCCGGAGGAGGUGAUGGACGUCAUUGAUGAGGGCAAAGCCAACCGGCACGUGGCCGUGACCAACAUGAACGAGCACAGCUCCCGCAGCCACAGCAUCUUCCUCAUCAACAUCAAGCAGGAGAACGUGGAGACGGAGAAGAAGCUGUCGGGGAAGCUCUACCUGGUGGACCUGGCCGGCAGCGAGAAGGUCAGCAAGACCGGCGCCGAGGGAGCGGUGCUGGACGAGGCCAAGAACAUCAACAAGUCUCUGUCGGCGCUGGGCAACGUCAUCUCAGCCCUGGCCGAGGGAACGAAAUCCCACGUGCCGUACAGAGACAGCAAGAUGACUCGGAUCCUGCAGGACUCCCUGGGAGGGAACUGCCGCACCACCAUCAUCAUCUGCUGCUCGCCGUCCGUCUACAAUGAGGCCGAGACCAAGUCCACGCUCAUGUUUGGACAGAGAGCGAAGACGAUCAAGAACACAGUGUCUGUGAACCUGGAGCUGACGGCGGAGGAGUGGAAGAAGAAGUACGAGAAGGAGAAGGAGAAGAACAAGAGCCUGAAGAACACCAUCCAGCGGCUGGAGGCGGAGCUGGCCCGCUGGAGGAACGGGGAGAACGUUCCCGAGGAGGAGCGGCUGAGCGCCAAAGAUCAGAAGAGCGGCGACGCCUACGACAACACUCCCGUCAUCGACAACCUGCCGCUGCCCGCCGGCGGCGUCUCGGUGUCCGGGGAGGACAGGAGGAAGUUCGAGGACGACAUCAGCAGCCUGUACAAGCAGCUGGACGACAAGGAUGAUGAGAUCAACCAGCACAGCCAGCUGGCCGAGAAGCUCAAGGAGCAGAUGAUGGACCAGGAGGAGCUGCUGGCGUCGACGCGGCGCGACCACGAGAAGAUCCAGGAGGAGCUGUGCCGCCUGCAGACGGAGAACGAGCUGGCGAAGGAGGAGGUGAAGGAGGUGCUGCAGGCUCUGGAGGAGCUGGCCGUCAACUACGACCAGAAGAGCCAGCAGGUGGAGGAGCAGGAGCAGGCCAACCUGCAGCUGACAGAGGAGUUGCAGCACAAGACGGUGCUGCUGUCGGUGGUGCAGCAGGAGCUGGGCCAGCUGCAGGAGCUGAACGGUCUGCAGAGGAAGAGGGCGGCCGAGGUCCUCAACCUGCUGCUGCGGGAUCUCAACGACAUCGGCGCCAUCAUCGGCACCAGCGACGUCAAGACGGCCACGUCCUCCGAGGCGAAGGGGAACGGCUUCGCCGUGGAGGAGGAGUUCACCGUCGCUCGGCUCUACAUCAGCAAGAUGAAGUCCGAGGUGAAGUCCCUGGUGAACCGCAGCAAGCAGCUGGAGAGCGCUCAGGCCGACGCCCACCGCAAGAUCCACGCCAACGAGAAGGAGCUGGCGUCCUGUCAGCUGCUCGUCUCCCAGCACCAGGCCAAGAUCAAGUCCCUGACGGACUACAUGCAGAACAUGGAGCAGAAGAAGAGACAGCUGGAGGAGAGUCAGGACGCUCUGACCGAAGAGCUGGCCAAGCUGCAGGCCCACGAGAAACGGCUGGAGGUGUCCGGGGAGCAGAAGGACGGCAUCAGCCGGCUGGACGGAGACGAGGACAUCAAGAGCACGCUGGAGGAGCAGCUGCAGGAGCAGCUGGAGAGCCAGAGGGAAGCUCACCACAAGCAGCUCAGCCGGCUGCGCAGCGAGAUCGACGACAAGCAGAGGAUGCUGGACGAGCUCCGAGAUCUGAACCAGGGUCUGCUGCUGGAGCAGGAGAGGCUCGCCGCCGACUACGACAAGCUGAAGGCCGAAGAGCAGGAGAAGGAUGCAAACCUGCACAAGCUCACAGUCCUGAAUGAGCAGCGGGAGCAGGCCAGGGACGACCUGAAGGGUCUGGAGGAGACGGUGGCCAGAGAGCUGCAGACUCUGCACAACCUGCGCAAACUCUUCGUUCAGGACCUCACCACCCGAGUCAAAAAGAGCGCGGAGCUGGACUGCGAGGAGGGGCUCGGCAACAUCGCCCAGAAACAGAAGAUCUCCUUCCUGGAGAACAACCUGGAGCAGCUCACCAAAGUCCACAAGCAGCUGGCCCGAGACAACGCCGACCUCCGUUGCGAGCUGCCCAAGCUGGAGAAGCGUCUGCGGGCCACGGCAGAGCGGGUCAAGGCUCUGGAGAACGCCCUGAAGGAGGCCAAGGAGAGCGCCCGGAGGGACCGCAAGCGCUACCAGCAGGAGGUGGACCGCAUCAAGGAGGCGGUGCGGGCCAAGAACAUGGCCCGGAGGGGCUACUCGGCACAGAUCGCGAAGCCCGUCAGGCCGGGCCAUCAUCCCCUGUCGUCGCCCAUCUGCGGCUCGGCCAGAGCCGGAGCCGUCUACACACACAACUGAACACACAACUGAACACACAACUGAACACACUGCAAGUAACAAGUAACCCUACCAUAAACGCCUCGCUGCAUGCCGGGAUCCACCAGCCCCGCCCUCCUGCUGGAGCACCAAUGGGAAGCCUUCACCACGACCGCCAUCACACCGUAACCACGGAGACGGACGUCUUCGCCACCGACAUCAUCAGCGCUGA